AUGUCUAAUGCUUUUCCAACCUUCGCUUCCAUACUCGUGGCCGGUGCAAUUGGCGUUUGUAUCCCAAUUGUAGGGACGAUUCCGAUUUUGCAACCGGAGAAAUCGAUCUUCUUCAUCAUCAAGGCCUUCGCUGCGGGUGUCAUAUUGGCCACCGGAUUCAUCCACAUGCUUCCGGACUCUUUCGAAUGCUUGACGUCACCGUGCCUCAAAGAAAAUCCAUGGACCGGGGAAGUUUCCCUUCACCGCCAUCGGAACUUUGAUGGUGGAUUCCAUAUAUUAAUUGCUACUUCUUAUUUCAAAAAGGCUCAGAAUCAGAUCAAUGGAGAGCAUGAGGGGCACGUACAUGUUCAUACACAUGCCACUCAUGGUUCGCUUGAUACGAAUUCGGCUGAAUCACAACUUCUUCGGCACAGAGUGAUUUCAAAGGUUUUGGAGUUGGGAAUUGUGGUGCACUCAGUUAAUAUUGGAAUUUCAUUGGGUGCAUCUGUAAGUGCUGAAACAAUUCGACCUCUUCUAGCUGUUUUUCAGGACAUGGGCCAUUGGACUUGGUGGUUGCAUGGCUCAGGUAAUGUACUUACAUAG